GUGACUGAGAGUGUUUGUGGAAACAUGGCGAGAAUGUAUACAAUUACCAAAUUUGCAUGUUGUGGUAAUGCUCCUUUACCUGGAGGUAGACGAAAUUCAUAAUAAGGAUGCAGGCAUACCAUUUGGAUGAGACCCUUCCUUCAAGCGAGUUGAGUCGAGUUCAUGUACCUGGGAUGGAUCAGGAUUACGAUGACACUGCCGAGUUUUACCGCUUCUACACAGCCCCCGCGUACAGUACUCAGGUCUCGACAGACUGCAUAUUCGAUGUACCUGAAGCAGAGGAAACCCUCAAACUAUUUCGAAAACCUUUCAAAAUUGUUAAUCCUGGAAACCACAUCACAAAACGAACUCCCGAGUAUUCCAGCAUCAGUUUCAUGCAUUGUCGGCACCUGCAGGGUCUGGGGAAGCAGUACCUGAAUCUACGCGCCAUCAUGGAGGAAAGAUCCCGACUAGACUUCCUGCGAGAUUGCUUGUUCAGAAUCAAAAGUGUCACUGCGUUUGUACAGGACCUAGAGCACUUAGUGCAGGCGGAGUAUCGUACAUACUACGCCAUCAUGCGGAACUGUCUAAUGGACGCGCCGUCCAGCAAGAUUUACUGUUUAAAUGCUCUGUGUGAAGACCUACGGACUCACGUGGGUCACUGGAAUAACAUCAAACAGUGCUUACACAACAACCGCUGGCUUCAGCCGAUACUUGGGAGACUGUAUCUGGACCUAGAGUAUGUACGCAAGGUGCUCUUCCAGCUCUACAGUGACGCCAUCUACUGGAUGGAGAAGUUAAUCGUUAUUGGUUUACAGGUGUUUGCUCACGGAAGCAUGGCGAUGCUGACACAGGAGAUUGUGUGGAACAUUGCGCGGGGCCUGGAGGAUUUUAAUAACGUAGCUGCUGGAUUGUCUAAGAGUCGCUACAUGAACUCGUCCUAUUUUAUUCUCGAUCACAUUCAGUCGGAGUUGAUGAACCUGACAUGUAAGUCAGACCCCCUCGUUACAAACCACCCUGGACACGUCUCCUUUUCUGUGAAAUCUAUUCCUUUUUCCAAAAUUCUCAACAUUAUAGCUGUUGAACGUGCUAAAUAUGCUGCCAUAGAGACCCAUCGCUUUUUCACUGCAAAUGAUGACUUUGUUCGUAUCCUGUAUUCAGGGAAAUUACCGAAUUACGUAUGGAACGAUGAAGUGCAGUACCCUGGUCACAUAUCCCACCACCUCGACACGUCGGAUUACCACACGGCCAGUGGAAGUAUGACCUCCAUCAGUGGCGCCAUACUCAAGGUCGGCUCGGUCCGCGCCCCCGAUCUCACCCCUUAUGAACCUCCACUAAAUGAGUUUGCUCGUCUAGAAAACGAGUUUGCUGAAAACUUUUUACUCAUUGUGUGCAAUUCAACCAACCUACUCAGGAAAAGUGAAAGUCACUCCAAAAGUAAACAUAAAUCUAGUAAAUCUCCCAAGAGCCCGACCUCUAAACCCCCCAAAGGUCAGGACACCCCUGUCCUGUCCCGGGCAGACUCCAAGCGCAAGACCGUCUCCUGGGGCGACAGCGCGGACAGCUCUAUUCGCUCACAGCUGACCAGUCGUUACAUGGACGUUUUAUGGAAAUUCUUUGGAUCGGCCUUGGAGCAGUGUUUCUAUGAACCUGUGUGGGGUUGUCGUGGAAACCAGAUCGUGGGAGAACUGGGAAGUGUGGUUCUCAGUGGUGCUACCGUGGUAACUGUCAUCAGAAAUAUGAUGGAGCAUGUUUGUCUCAAAGACAUGUUUCCAUCCAAUGCUGUACCUCCAGUACUGGGUGUGGCUAGGAAACUCCACGCACAAACGGCACUACAGUCAUGGGACAUAUUGAUGUGUGAGGCUUUGGGAUGUCAGAUGUCAGACAAGUGUUACCCGUGUUUACUGGCCAGCGGGGAUCACAGCACUAAGACCGGGAUGUUACUCCGCGACACGUAUCAGCCUCUGUUCAGUCUCCUACAGGAAAACAUCAAAGACAUCCAGGAAUCCGGGAAAGAUGGCAGUUUGUUGCUCCCUAAGCAGGACCUGGAUCUUCCUCACGUGACGGGAAUCGUCUGUCGUCUGCUGACAAACUGCCAAGCAGCUCACAGCUGGUGUGUCCACAAAUCUCACGGCUUCCUGUCGUCAUGGGCGGUCGGCAACUUCCUCUUGGUCACACAAACAGAUCUCAAGAUUCUGGCAGAUGAAACAAAGAAGGCCCUACACAAUGCUCACCUGUUCAGCUCUAAAAACAUCAGUAAAUCCCGAAUCAGUGACCAACAGAUGGGAGAGUACCUGUCAGAGGUCACCAAACAGAUGUCAGAGGUCAACCUACAGUUACAGUCCCUUUCUGGAGCUGCCAUGAAGGUCUUCUCAGAAAAUUGUGGCAAACUAUCAGCUGAUUACUUCAGCAGUGAGAUGCCACAGGGAAAAGCCUGGCGUAAAAAAGCAGACCUUCCUAAGGAGCAUAACCUGUACAUUGAGCACGCCCUGGAGACCAUACUGGAACCGGUCGUUGAUGGCGUCAGUAAACUAAAACAGACGGCACAACUCAGCGUCGUGUCGCAGGCCGUCACAGCGUUCUGUGAGGCGUGGAAAAACAACAUCCUCAAAAACAAAAUCAAGUUUAGCUAUGUUGGAGCUUACCAGCUGGGUGUUGACAUUGGUUACAUGAGGUCGUGGCUUGGAGAGUACAUCACUAACCCUGAGGUCAGACAGAGUGUCCUUGACCUGAGUGUGUUUAAAUACCUGAAUGGAGCUGUAAUGAUCCUAAAGAAGCAGCCAUUCCGGCGGGGAGGAUCCAAAUUCCGUGAGCCCUGCUCCAUGGAAGACCUCAGUUGUAAUGGACACGCUGACCUUGAGAGUGUGAAGGUCGAGAGGAACAUUUCUCGUUCCGUAGACACCGACCUUCCACCGCCGGUCGACGAGUCAGACAUUGAGUUUGUGAACAACGUCGGCGAAUGGCUGUCUCUCCGGGUUCAGGGGGGAUCACGGGCAUGGAAAUUAUCCUGUCUGAAUACAGUAGAAGUGGUCGACUAGAGGUGAUGAGUGGCUGUCAUUCUGGGUUCAGGGGCGUGGAAAUUAUUUUGUCUUAACUCGGUAGAGGUGGUUGACUGAAAAUAAUAGUGUGAGAUUCUGUACGUGAUGAUGAGCCUCAAUCUGAGAUGUGGGACAGAUCAGUGAGAAUAUUAGCCAGAAGAUUUUAUUCAGGAAAUAAUCCAUGACGUGUGACUGGGAACAGACAUUCCAUGUUUGGCAACACAACAUUGAAAUGUUUUAAUACGACAUUUAGUGUUGUGAAGUAAGGCCAUAUACAUGUAUCAGAUAGGUUAAAUCAAAGAACAUGUGUACUUGAAGUAGUGCUAAGUUUUUAUGGAUUAAGUGCUAAACUUUGCUAGAUACUUUAUUAACCACUACCUAUAUUGGAAAGUUUUUUUUUAAGACUUAACAGUUAUUUGAAUAUCUUAUCCUUCAUUUAUUUAUUUCAAAAUUUUCCAUAUAUUUUAUUUUUUUAACUAGUCUGUAGUUGAUAAUUAAUAGGACUGUUAAAAGUUAUACAGUAGAAGUAACAUUUGUACCUGGAACUGCAUUUUUGAAAGCCACAACAUUCUUCUGUUGUUAACAGUGAAUGACAAAUUUCAUUAAGUAUGUGUUGGAAUGUUAUCAGUUGCUUUAAAGGCAGAUUUACAUCUGGAUAUUAGAACUCGGAGAACUGAAGUCUUAGCUAUUAUCAGGAUUAUAUGUAUACCUGACUUACAUUGUGUUUCAAUACUCAUUAAAAUAAAAAUAGUCCAAGGAAAUUUCGAAUACCUGUUUUUUUAAUUUUUACAGCAUUAUUGUACUUGUACUGAAUAACCAUCGUAAAAGAUUUUUAUGUGAAGGACAUUCAUUUGUCUUGUUUAGUUUACGGUGUCGUACAUUUUUCCUUAAAGAGAAAUCAAAAUAUAAAUGUAAGCCAUUGUCUUGUCUUUUACCCUCUCAGGAAAUUUGAAAUAUGGCACUUUAUUUGUACUGAAUGUUUUGAACACAAUUGUUUUACAGAUAUAAUGUACAUAGCCUUUAUUCUGUAAAAUAUCACAUAUUUGUUUAUUUAAUCUC